AUGUCCGAAUUAAUAGAUGAUGAUGAUGAUGAUGAUGAUGAUGAUGAUGAUGAUGAUGAUGAUGAUGAUGAUGAUGAUGAUGAUGAUGAUGAUGAUGAUGAUGAUGAUGAUGAUGAUGAUGAUGAUGAUGAUGAUGAUGAUGAUGAUGAUGAUGAUGAUGAUGAUGAUGAUGAUGAUGAUGAUGAUGAUGAUGAUGAUGAUGAUGAUGAUGAUGAUGAUGAUGAUGAUGAUGAUGAUGAUGAUGAUGAUGAUGAUGAUGAUGAUGAUGAUGAUGAUGAUGAUGAUGAUGAUGAUGAUGAUGAUGAUGAUGAUGAUGAUGAUGAUGAUGAUGAUGAUGAUGAUGAUGAUGAUGAUGAUGAUGAUGAUGAUGAUGAUGAUGAUGAUGAUGAUGAUGAUGAUGAUGAUGAUGAUGAUGAUGAUGAUGAUGAUGAUGAUGAUGAUGAUGAUGAUGAUGAUGAUGAUGAUGAUGAUGAUGAUGAUGAUGAUGAUGAUGAUGAUGAUGAUGAUGAUGAUGAUGAUUAA